GGUUGUGCCGGAGCGGGCGAUGGGGAGGAAUGGGGGGCCUAGGGGGCGGGUGCCUGUCUGGUGGGUGGCAGAGUUCAGCUCCCUGGAGGGCCUAGGAGGGACGUCCCGAGGAAGGGUCUUGGAGGACAGAGUGGGCGGUGACAUCAGGAGAAAGCGCCCCCGGGCUGUCUCAGGGGAUUGAAGGUUUGAGGGGGACAGCUGGUGUCUCCAAUAGAAAGUUCAGGAGCCCUGGAAAGGAGAAGGAAUAAGACAACAGGAGGAAGAGAGAGAGAGGGUAGAAUGGAAGAAUCUCACUUCAAUUCUAACCCGUACUUCUGGCCUUCUAUCCCCACAGUCUCAGGACAGAUCGAGAACACAAUGUUCAUCAACAAGAUGAAGGAUCAGCUGUUGCCAGAGAAGGGCUGUGGGCUGGCUCCACCUCACUACCCCACCUUGCUCACAGUGCCUGCCUCAGUGUCUCUGCCCUCUGGCAUCAGCAUGGACACAGAGUCCAAGUCAGAGCAACUCACCCCGCACAGCCAAGCGUCUGUCACCCAGAAUAUCACGGUGGUCCCGGUGCCGUCCACGGGACUGAUGACUGCUGGAGUCUCCUGUUCUCAGAGGUGGAGAAGAGAAGGGAGUCAAUCAAGGGGUCCUGGUCUGGUAAUCACGUCCCCCUCAGGCUCUCUUGUGACCACAGCUUCGUCAGCUCAGAGCUUCCCCAUUUCGGCUCCCAUGAUUGUCUCAGCUCUUCCCCCUGGCUCACAAGCCCUGCAGGUGGUCCCUGAUCUCUCCAAGAAGGUGGCAUCCACCCUAACCGAGGAAGGAGGUGGAGGUGGCGGUGGAGGGGGCAGUGUGGCUCCUAAGCCCCCCCGGGGCCGCAAGAAGAAGCGGAUGCUGGAGUCAGGGCUGCCUGAGAUGAGCGACCCAUACGUCCUCUCCCCGGAGGAUGAUGAUGACCAUCAGAAGGACGGCAAGACCUACAGGAGCGAAGGGAACUGCGGCACAGGAAAUGGACAGAGCCUUGGGCUCAUGGAUUCAGUUCCUGGCUCCACAACGAACUUGCUGUGUGACCCUGGGUGCCGGAUGUGCUCCCUGACAUUCUACUCAAAGUCGGAGAUGCAGAUCCACUCCAAGUCACACACCGAGACCAAGCCCCACAAGUGCCCGCACUGCUCCAAGACCUUCGCCAACAGCUCCUACCUGGCCCAGCACAUCCGUAUCCACUCAGGGGCCAAGCCCUACAGUUGUAACUUCUGUGAGAAGUCCUUCCGCCAGCUCUCCCACCUCCAGCAGCACACCCGGAUCCACUCCAAGAUGCACACGGAGACCAUCAAGCCCCACAAGUGCCCGCACUGCUCCAAGACCUUCGCCAACACUUCCUACCUGGCCCAGCACCUCCGUAUCCACUCAGGGGCCAAGCCCUACAACUGUUCCUACUGCCAGAAGGCCUUCCGCCAGCUCUCCCACCUCCAGCAGCACACACGAAUCCACACCGGUGAUAGACCAUAUAAAUGUGCACACCCAGGCUGUGAAAAAGCCUUCACGCAGCUCUCCAAUCUGCAGUCCCACAGACGGCAGCACAACAAAGAUAAACCCUUCAAGUGCCACAAUUGUCAUCGGGCGUACACGGACGCCGCCUCACUAGAGGUGCACUUGUCCACGCACACAGUGAAGCACGCCAAGGUGUACACCUGCACGAUCUGCAGUCGGGCAUACACGUCGGAAACAUACCUUAUGAAACACAUGCGCAAACACAACCCUCCUGAUCUCCAGCAACAAGUACAGGCGGCGGCGGCGGCGGCGGCAGUGGCCCAAGCCCAGGCCCAAGCUCAAGCUCAGGCUCAGGCCCAGGUCCAGGCCCAGGUCUCCCAGGCUUCGCAGCAGCAACAGCAACCACAGCCACCACACUUCCAGUCCCCUGGGGCAGCUCCCCAGGGUGGGGGCGGUGGGGAUAGCAACCCCAACCCUCCGCCCCAGUGCUCCUUUGACCUGACCCCCUAUAAGACAGCGGAGCAUCAUAAGGACAUCUGCCUCACUGUCACCACCAGCACCAUCCAGGUGGAACACCUGGCCAGCUCGUAGAGAUCCCUGCUGCUACCCAUGGGACGAGGAGAAGGAAGUUCCGGUGCCAUCUUUCUCCGAGCCCUUUUGGCGGGCAACGUCCUCUUCUUCCUGGACAAGCCUCAGCUCCUUGUGUUUGGGCCUCAGGCACAGCGCUCCUUCACAGCAGACCAUCUUUACUCUCAGCUCCUCAUCAGCAGGAACAUCAUCCUCUGACUGGCAAAGGCACACCAAGCUAACGGUGUCCAGCAGCCUCUCCCAAGCAGAGUGUUUCAAAUCGGGGGUUGGUGCUCACAGAAGGAUUCGCUGUGACCUCACGCAACUUGCUUGUAUGGGCACUUCACCUCUCCGUUCCUCCUCAUCCAGAGCUUGGGGUGAUAGAAGACUAGAAGCUCCUCCCAGACGACAGAAGGGAGCCCUCAUGCAGCCACCUCCUGUCCCGUGCCUGCCUUCAGCAGUUUCUCUGUGCCCAGCCGAGAGCCAUCCUCUCCCUGCAGUCUCGCCUCACUUCCUGUCCACUGCUGGUGGGAGGGGAUUUGGGUGGAGAUUAGAGCUCCUUUGAUGUGCUGGGGCAAGGGCCGGGUGGCUUGGGGUGGGUCUGGGCCUCCGUAGAGCCUGUCUCCCUUCUCUGCCCACCCAGUCAGUCCCUGCCUUCACUCCAGUCCCAGCUCCAAGGAGCUAUGGAGGCUGCAUUCUCUGUGAGACCCCAGGACGAGGGUGUUGUGGACAAAGGAGAGUUCAGGGCAAACACAAGGACGACGUAGCUCCCGAGGUGCCACGGUCAGAUACCGGACAUGGAUUUAUAUAUAA